GUGAAUCGUCUCUUGCUAUACUAAAACUUAAUAAUAUUGUCCUGUUACAACUCUAUCUCCUUAAGUCCUAGCAGAGGUUUCGUCAAAAAAAAAAAGUCCUAGCAGAGGUUAGUUUAACAACCAAAAACAAAUACCUACACAAGCCACUGUCAUCAUCUCCCUCUGUCUCUCUCCAUCUCGGCGACCUCUGUACUAUACUCCAUAUUCUCCCCAACUUUUUGAUUCUUUCAGCCUCAAUCCCCAACUCUUUCUCAACGAGAUUUUCAAUCGAGUCAACGAUUUAGUCAAUGGCGCCUUUUAUUGCUUUCAUCAGUCUCUCUCUCACACACACACACUCAAACACAAACGCUUUCAACACAGCUUUGCCUAAUUUUAUGUCUAAUUUUCAUUUUCUUGAUUAUAUGUUUAGGGAGGCUUCAACUGUACUCAAAAUUGAUGGCACUGAUAGAGCAGAUGAGCCGAAGAAAAUAAGAUUUUACUUCAUAUUCUCAUUUUUUUUUCCUACUUUUUACUGCUUUCGAUGUUAAUUAGCUAUACGUAUACGCGGCCAGUGUUCUUUUUUUCUGGUUUUUGUUGGGAGUUAUCAGUUCUCACAGGUGUUUGUUUUGAUUUUUAGGGUGUAGUUUAUUUGCAGAACAGGAUUCAUUGGGCUUUUGAUAGGCCGUUAACAAUGUAGGAAAAGUACUGUUUGCACCAUUGUUUUGCUCUUCCGCUAGGAUUCACGCUUCCCGCAAAUGUAUUUGCGAGUUGUUUUGUGAUUUAAGUUGUUAUGAAUUUCAUGCUCUUUUUUUGUAUAUGGUCUUGCUGAUCUGAAUGCAAAUGAAGUUAUUGCUGGAGUAACUUUGUUUCUAUAUUUAAGACAUAUUUUUGGAGUUGUUUAGAGUUAAUUUGUGGUUCCUGAGAUUUUUUUGGCGUUGGUGGUGGUGGUGAAGGCGGUUUGUAUGAAUAUGAAAGUGGAGUUGCGAUGACAAGAGAUCCCAAGCCAAGGCUGAGGUGGACUAGUGAUCUUCAUGAUCGGUUUGUUCAUGCUGUCACUAAGCUUGGUGGCCCUGACAAAGCAACUCCCAAGUCAAUGCUGAGACUCAUGGGCUUAAAGGGAUUAACAUUGUACCAUUUAAAGAGCCAUUUACAGGCUUCCAGGAAACAGGAUACGGUAGAGCAAAACAUUGAGAACAGUGGGGAUUCCUAUGGAUGUUACAAUAUGCUAACUAUGUGCACAACUGAGAACACAUCAAAACUGAAUGGCGAAAGAGGUAUACAUCAGCAACCAUGAGCUUGAGGACAGCCUUGCUGUUACUAGCCUUGAUGGUUUCAGUAACUUCAUCUGCUUCGACAGAUAGAGGUACUUACAUAGUUCACAUGGACAAGUCGAAGAUCAAAAGUCUUGAGACAGUGAAAAAAUGGCAUGAAUAUGUCAUGGACUCUGUUUAUGAAUUGUCAAUUCAAGAAAAUGAAGAAGAAGAAGAAGCAUAUCCACCCAAUGUUCUAUAUGUUUAUGAAACAACCAUGUUUGGUUUUUCUGUAACACUCACUAAAUCAAACCUAAGAUCAUUAGACAAAAUCAACGGUUUUCUCUAUGCCAUUCCUGAUGAAAUGCUGAGCCUCCACACCACUCAUUCACCAGGUUUCCUCGGCCUAAAUCCUGACAGGGGACUCUGGCAUCCCAAGAAUUUGGCUUCUGAUGUCAUAAUCGGUAUUCUGGACACUGGAAUAUGGCCAGAACACAUUAGUUUCUUCGACACUGGCAUGCCUCCAGUGCCCUCCAAUUGGAAAGGCAAAUGCGAAGAGGGCACCAAUUUUACAAUUUCAGAUUGUAACAGAAAGCUAAUUGGAGCAAGAGCUUUCUUCAAAGGUUAUGAAUCUGUUAGAAGAAUAAUUAAUGAAACAGAGGAUUACAGAUCUCCCCGUGAUGCAGAAGGCCAUGGUACACACACUGCAUCAACUGCAGCUGGUAAUCUUGUACCAGGUGCAAGCUUUUUUGGCAAUGCUAAAGGCGCAGCUACUGGAAUGAUGUUCACAGCACGAAUUGCAGCAUAUAAAGUUUGUUAUGCUUUCGGUUGUUCAAGCUCAGAUAUUCUAGCUGCCAUGGAUACAGCUGUCAGUGAUGGGGUCAAUAUAUUGUCACUCUCAUUAGGUGGCAUCCCAAAGCCUUAUUAUGGAGAUAGCAUAGCCAUUGCAGCACUUGGCGCAUUUCAAAAGGGGGUCUUUGUGUCAUGCUCAGCUGGGAAUUCAGACCCCUAUAGCUCCACUGUUGGCAACGUCGCACCAUGGAUCAUGACUGUGGGUGCAAGCUCCCUUGACAGGAGCUUUCCAACCACAGUUACCCUUGGGGAUGGUCAACUGUUUAAAGGGGCUUCAUUGUAUUCCGGGAAAAAUAUUAAAAGCUUGCAACUUGUGUAUGGUGCAACUGCACUACGCUUGCUAUUUCCGCUUUUUCAAUUGAGCUGUGUUUUGGAGCCAUUUGAUAUCACGUGAUGCUGUCUGAUUUCUUCCUACUUCGCAUCACUUUCCACCGCAGUGGUUUAGACAGUUUCGGCAAAGAGACAACAAGCUCAUGGCUCCAAAAUCCCCAGGAGCUGAAUCUUUUCCUCUUCAAUCCAUUUCUUAUAGGGGGUUUUCAAUCAUCUCAAACUGGAUAGUUUCCCUACGUUGAGGGGGGAUUGUUCUGGUUCUAAAUCAAAAAGAAGAAGGACAAAUGUGGAACAAGAUAAAGAAAAUAUCAAACCAACAGAAGAGGGGAGUCCCACCCCUGCUUUCCAUCGCAGUGGUUUAGAUAGUUUCGGCAAAGAGACAAGAAGCUCAUGUCUGCAAAAUCUCCAGGAGAUACUGAGGUCAAGUAGAUGCCGGUGCCCCGUCUCUCAGAAAGCUCAAAUUUUAACAAGGUUUAUUAGAUAUCAGAAUGCACGACUAUGUCGUCCGGACUGCAUAAGAGAGGUGCAUCUCGCCCUCAAAAAUAUAUAGUAGACAAGGCACUUUCAAUUCUUUAGAUAUCUAUUUUUUUUCUGCUAAUGUAAGAGUAUAUCAGUGUCAAUAUCUACUUAAGUACAUUUAUACUUUACCACACAUACAUCAUUAGAUAAUGAUAUCAAGUAAGAGAGAUACGAUGGUAGGAGGAAAAUGAGAUAAUUAAGAUAUUUUGCAGGAAACUAUUAACAAUUAUUUGCAUAAUGGCAUGAUCUCCCAUUAUCUUGCUUAUCUUACAAGCAAUGAACAUUGACGACUUGUUGCUUCCAAAUUUCCUGAGUUCUUUUUGCAAAUAAAAGAAUAAAAAAAAGUGAAAUUCUAAAUUUCAGAAGGAUGGUAUUGGAAAUUAUUGAUGGCAAGAGAUCAAAGGGUACAAGUGAAUAGGAGUGUAGUUGUGAACUUGCAUUUUUAUAUUCAGAUUAUAUGUAAAGGCCUACUGGGAAAGGUUGUUCAAAUUUUGGUGAAUGAAUCUGAGUCACUAAUUUAAAUUAGUGGAGUCUUAGGCCAAGUAUUAUGUGUGUCAUUCUAUUCUUCCUCCAAUUUACCCUGUCUAUAAAUAUAAAACAGAUAAUAUAACAACAAUAUUAAAAUUUUAAAGUUAGGAAGGGAGUUCAAGGAGCACAACGAGGCCCUGUUCUUGACUGGAUGCAUCAUUUACGGAUAGCUAUUGAUGCAGUAAGGGGGUUCAAAUAAGAGCUUCUGUAUUCUUUCCUUUCAUAUCCAGGAUCUACAUUCGAGUUUGGGUAGUUUAACUUAUGUAUUCUUUCUUCUUCUUGCCUGAUACUCGCUAAUUAUGAUUUAGCUUUUUGCCAAUAUGUGCACUUUUUGAGCAGUUAUGAACUUUGCUAAUUAAUAAGAAAUCACUAUGAAUAUUUUUGUAUGCUGGUUUAGAUUGGCACUUGAAAAUAUAUUUUGUGUUGUUAUAUUUUGUGCAGAGGUUAUCUAUUAAUUUCUUUUUGAAGUUCUGUUCCAGUGAGUAAUUUAGUAAAGAUAUGGGAGCAGAGAAUACAUAGAACUCAAGUUUGCAUUCAAUACCUCAUGAACCAAAGGAUUAACCAUGCAUGUUGAUUUUGAAUUUGUCCAUGGUUAGACUCUCUAAACAAUUUUGGAAAUUUGUCUAUACAUGAUAUCCUCUCCUCAAAACUUGCACAUCUGGAUCCUCAAUUGGGGUUAUGUAUGUUUUUUAUCUAAAUAACAUCACUUGGCUUAUUUUAAAAAGCUUUUAUAAUACUAAUAUAUGUGGUUACACGAAAUCACAGAUAGUAGCUGCAUUCCACUUCUCAUAUACGCCUUCAUGGGUAGUUCAAGAGACAUUGCCAUAUGAUAAGUGGCAGUGCUCUCUCUUUUGAUGGGCACAUUGCUACAAAAUGAACUUGAUCCUGAAACAAACAAACUUGAAUUUCAACGCCUUGCACUUACUGCGACAUUCUUUGCUGGUGUUGCUCAAACUACAUUUCAGAUGUAGAGACACAUGAAUUCUGGAUGCUUUCCUGCUGAUCUCAAAACUCAGCAGAAUGUCAAAGCUGUUUUUGAUACUGCUAUCAAGGUUGUACUUCAACCUCCAAGGAUGAAGGAAAUUGCAAGGUAGACCAGACGUAGAAGCUCUGGUUGAUCAAUUGUCCAGAGUAUGGUAUGCGGAGGUUGUGUUGCUUAACACAUGCUGUUUUCAAAUGGACCAAAACAACAGCCUUUUGGCAUAGAUCGAUCUCCUGCAAUUGCUUUAUCAGUUCAACAGAUCAAACUCUUCUCUUGCUACGUGUACAUCAAUGGAUGCUGGCAUGCAUUAUUGUAGCCGGAGGGAAUUUGUCGAUUUUGUGGAGGUUUAUCUUAUUCUGUUAACAGACAGAUGAAAAGGAUAGCCAUAGGAAAUUAGGAACUCAUUCUUUCUCUAGGCUAUGACUAUUAUUGUGAUAUGUGGAUGUGCAUAUAUGAUGUCCGGCUAUUUAAUGUCUUUUGCUACUGCUGUUUAAUUUGUAGAAAUUUAAUGUGAUAUUUCUUGCCAUGGUGUAGUACAUAUUUCAGUCAUGGAUGUUACCAAGAUCUCAAAAUAUGGAGUA